GUUUCUCAGAGCCUCCAGUCUGUUUUCUCCAGACACACAGACACACAGAAGUAUGACAUGGUUGUGGGUGCUCAGCAGUGCAGAUUGUUCUUAGAGGGGUCGAGGAGCAGUUGUCAAGACAUGGACUUUAGCCAAAAGAAGCAGUGAAAACCGCUUGACUGUUUGGACUGGACACUCAAUCAUAUCAGCUGACCUUGGAUAACCGAAAGGAGGGAAACGUGUGACGCAUUAUGGCAACCCCAAAUGACCGCUCUGUUUUCAACUCCACCUUCUCCCCUUAUUCAACGGUAGAGGUUUCUGUAAACACCACGGCCUAUGCGAACGCCUCUGCUCCCCACUGCACAGACUGGCCUCUUGUACCCAUGACCACAGUGAUCCCCUCCAUCUACAGCAUUAUCUGUGUGCUGGGAAUCCUCGCCAAUACCUUGGCAGUGUGUGUGUUGGCCCAUGCCAGUGCCUCGAGGAGAACUGUAGCUAACACCUUCAUGCUGAACCUGUGUGUGUCCGACCUGUUGUUCCUGCUGUCUCUGCCGCUGUGGGCCGUCUACUACUCCCGGGGCUACAGCUGGCCCUUUGGCUGGGUGGCGUGCAAAAUCUGCGGAAUGCUCCUUAACCUGAACCUCUACGCCUCCAUCUUCUUCAUCACAUGUAUGAGCAUGGACCGCUACCUGGCCAUCGUGCAUCCGCUCCGCUCCCAGAGUGCACGAGACCCCAAACGUGCCCGGCUCACGUGCAUCCUGGUGUGGGUCCUGGCAUGUGCCUGCUCAGCCCCCACCUUGGCUAUCAGGGACACUCACUACUUAGAGGUUCUUGGCGUGGAGGUCUGUGCCAUUUUAUACCCCGAUGACACUUGGUAUAGGACGCUGACCUGGAUGAAGAUUGUUCUGGCAUUCCUGCUGCCACUUUUUGUCAUUUCUUGUUGCUACUGUGUUAUUGGUAGGCAUUUGUUAGCAGACACAGGGUUGGUAAGAAUGCAGAAACCAUCCCACCCCAUGCCCUCUUCUAAAUCGCUGGAGUCCCAGGAGGGCCAUCAUAGACCAGACAGACCCCCGACCCCCUGUGUGAGUCCCAGCAACAGCAGGGCCAGACCCCAGCAGGGGAGGGGGCUGGAGAGGGUGCUGUGGACAGUAGCCGCGGUGGUCAUCGCAUUCUUCCUCUGCUGGUUCCCCUUUCACUGUGUGACCUUCAUAGACGUGCUGAAGAGCGAGGGCUGGCUGGAUAGCUGCUGGGUAACCUGGACCAUCGACAACCUCACCCCUCUCACCCUCUGCUUGGGCUUCUCCAACUCGGCCAUCAACCCCGUGCUCUACUGCUUCAUCGGGAAUCAUUUCCGGGGUCGACUCAGGGGCCUCUGUAAGGGCUUGAGUGCUUGUUUGAAGGCCCGUGGGGAGGAACACAGCCAGAAGAGAGGCUCCUUCAGCACCAGGCUGAGCUCCUUCUCUCGGAAACUCAGUGACCUCAGAGACCUGGCGAUUGUGGAGCCCUCCGGUCCCGCUUAGCGAGGUCCCCUACACCUCUCCGAAGAAUGAACGUCAAAUGACUGCUGAACUUCAAUAAGCACGCGUGUGUUAGGUGGAACUGUUACUAUAAUUGACCGAGUCAAAUUCCUGCAGAGCUCAAUUCUGCUGUACAAAGACAAGAAAAGUUGCUACAGAAAAGAGAAAAAGGAGUUUAAAGAGGGUUUAAAAAAACAACAAACAGAUAAAUGUAAUGCUGUUUUUUCAGACAGACUAUUUUACACACUUGAUUUGAAUAAUCUCAAAGCAGUUAAGCAGCUGGUAUGUUAUUCACUGUCAGUGUUUUUUUUUUGGGUCACAGCAGGCACCUCAUUUGAGUGACAAAACUCCAAAAAAACUCACUGUACACAUCUUCUCAGCAGGAAAACAGAUGACACAGUUGGCAAACAGCUAGCGGAGGUAGUGGAGCGUUGAGUUGCUAAAGAAACAGAUAUAAAACUAAUAAAGGAAGCUUUAAAACAGUGAACACUGGAUUUACAUUCACUAGAUAAACACAAACACCGAAUGAUAAUGUUGCUCUCCACUGUAACUGCUGGAUGUGUGAGCAGGCAACAGUUUCCUAACAAGUUUUCUCACAUAUCGAUUCAAAAAGCAUCAAUACUUCAAUGUUUUAUUCACAACUUGUUUCUGCUCCCUUAGAGAGGCAAAAAUAAAUAAAUAAAUAAAUAUUUUAUAAAAAACUUUUACCAGUUACUGUACAAGGAAAGGCCUUUAACCUUCAGGGGAAGCUUUAGCUAGGCUUUUUAGCUAUGUUUGGUAGUUUUGCAAAUGGUAGACAACAUCUUGUAUUCUGUAUGCAUAACAGUAUUGUAUAUGGUAAAGCAAAUGUCAGAACAUUAACCUCAUCUCAACUGAAUUUGUGGUCACUGCAAGGUACAGUUAAGCACACCAUUAAAACUUCCACUGCUCUUUUUUGGGGACCAAGCUAUUAUAUGUGUAAUCAACUAGUAAUGUUGUUAUUGUAUUAUUCUGUAAAGACAGUUUAAGUGAAUAAUUAAUAAAUAUUUCGCUACAGAUGCCA